GACUUUUCAAAAUUUUGUAAAAUUGUUAUUAAACUUCAAUUUAACUUCUCGAAAAGACUGAAUUAAUUUUUUAAUUUUUGUUUAAAUUUUUUAAAAGAAAGAUGACUGCUUCAGGAUUUGGCUUUGGAGCUUCGUCUGCAACAUCUGCUACUGGGCUUUUUGGUGGGUUUGGGCUAACUUCUACGACCACUACUGCUCAAUCAACUGGUUUUGGUCUCCAAGCAGCUGCAGCAGUUACAAAUACAACAGGGGUAGCUCCAUUUUUUGGUAAGGGCUUCUUUUCAAACUCUGCCUCCUCAACACCAACAACUACCACACAAAGUUCUAUUUUUGGAGGUAACGGAUUUAAGACUGGGCUAGGAGGGGGUGCUGCAGGAUUUGGAGGGGGUCUUACAGGGUUGGGAGGAACUGCCGUGGGAUUGGGAGGGACUGCCACGGGAUUCGGAGGGACUGGCACAGGAUUCGGAGGGACUAACACCGGUUUUGGGGGGACUACCACAGGUUUUGGAGGGACUGGCACUGGAUUUGGAGGGGGUACCACAGGUUUCGGAGGGACUGCCACAGGAUUUGGGGCUAGCACAGGGUUGGGAGGGAGUACUACAGCGCUGGGUGGAAAUUUGUUUUCUAGUACCACUAGUACAUUGAACCAGUCAUCUCAACAACAGCAGCAACAGCAGCAGCAACAACAGCAGCUGAGUUUGGCACUGAAGUUGGCAGUUUGCAAUCCGACAAUUUUCGGAGACGAGCGUGACUUGGUGGUUGCGAAGUUCAACCAACUGCAAGCUUGCUGGGGGGCAGGAAAGGGCUAUUACAACCAGCAGGGAGAUUUUGUUGUGUUCACUCCUGACAAUGUUUACUCACUAUUUAAGGCCGUUGGCUACAGCUGCAUACCGACCAAUAAGAACGAAGACGGCCUCGUUUAUCUCGUUUUUGGGCGCGGCCAACAAGAGGUUUUAGCCAAUCAGAUGCAGGUUGUUGAUGCCCUGCAUAAGUUAUUAGGAGCAAAAGCCAAUCACAUUGUUUGCGUAGAAUCGAUAACGCCAUUGGCUGAUGAUAAGUGCGAGAUGGUCAUAUAUGUUCAGGACAGGCAGAUAACGGGAAUUACUACCAGGGUCUUGACCUCUGACCUCUUUGCCUUCCUCAAUCAGCAGUCCAGCAAGCAGCAUCUAUCUUCACAGCUGUCCGUAUCCGACGUUUACGUCAAGGUGGCCAUGUCACAUGACCAGCUGAAGUUCUAUCUGGAAAAUCCCCCCGCUGGGAUAGAUCCGCACAUCUGGGAGCAGGCAAAACUGGACAAUCCCAACCUGGAAAAGUUACUUCCGGUUCCUAUCGUCGGAUUUUCAGAGCUGCACCUGAGGUUGAAGCACCAGGAUCAACAGUCGCAGUUACAUCAGCUACGAUUGGAUGUCAUCGGGUCAGACAUUUCCUCGUUAAAAAGCAAGAUGGUGAACAUGGUGGCGAAGGUCGAUGAGUACAAACGAAGGCAGGUGCAGCUGAACCACAGAGUACUUAAGGUCAUAGUUCAACAGGAAAUAAACCGCAAACUAGGCUACCCCAUACAGCCAGAAGAAGAAUUAUUGAGUGCCCAACUGCAGAGCAUAUCCGCCGAACUCAAUGCCCCGACCCAAUUUAAGGCGCGCCUCCGAGAACUCGCCUCACACAUAGAGCUGCAGAACAUGAAGCAGGCGACCCACGGCGGCGAUGUCAAGUUUAACAUUAGCGAAGAAGUGAGGGCUGAUAUCAAACAGCACCUGAGAAACCAGCAGAACGGCAUCAGUCAUCUCAUCCAAAUCAUCAAAGACGACUUGAACGAAGUCAAAACGAUGGAGAAAUGGCUGACAGAGAAACAACUGAAUAACACCAGGCGAUCCUGAUUAUUAUUAUUAUAAUAUCAUUCAUUAUUAUGUUAUUUAUUAUUAUUAUAUUAUUUAUUAUUAUUAUUGUUGUUAUUAUUACCGUCAAUUUAUUUUUAUGAUUUUAUUUCAAUAAAUAAAUAAAAAUCGCGGAGAGUAAAGUAUGUAACGGAUGACUUUUUUGGGUUUUAUUUUGUCCAAAAACGAAAAGAAACAUUAAAGCAGCAUGAAAGAUAUGGAAAAGAAUUUAAUAUUUUUUAUUACUAUUUAUAAUUAACAGUAUAAUUAUUCAAUAUUAUUAUACAAAUAGUGUUUAAUGCGUGUAAUUUCCUUGUAA